GUGGUGUUGGAGGGGGUGGUGCAGACAGUGUGUGUUGUGACGCCGUGCGGGCCUGUUCUUCUCCCCUGGUUGUGGGUUGGCUCACACCCCCCUAUUGUUCUCCUCUUACCCCCGAUUCUCGCAGUAUAGAUGUCCCUGAGUGGGGAGGAGCAGGAGCUGCGCUGUGUCUUGAGUUGGUUUACUAAUUGGGAAGACCAACAGAAAGAGCAGUUCCUCUCUGUGUUGGUAGAGAAAGCUGUGCCACCUGAUAUAGAUCAGCUGUUUCAAGGCCUGGAUCAGUUAAACCUCAACACAAGCUGUCAGUCGGUGAUUCAGUGUCAGUUACGCCUCUUCUCCCAAUGGUUUGAUGCAUGGACUUGUCAUCAUCGCAAUCUACUGUUAUUCAACCUUCAUCUUGAAGACCCCAGAUUUGUAGACAAGUUCCAUACUAUAGUCAAUCAGAAAUAUUCCACUGGAAACUAACUAUUAUUUACAAGUGUAAAUAAUAUGAAAUACAGUACUGUAUCUAAAUUAUAUAUUAACAAAUUUUAGCCACUGUUCUUGAUCAUUUGGGAAAACCAAUUUACUGUAGAUCAGUAAUCAAGCAACAUGCCACAACAACAUACAACUGUUGAUCAAGUGAACUUCCUUGGUCAGUGGUUCUUUACUUGGUCUGAGAUGCAGAGAGAAGACUUCUUGCCAAUUCUUGUGCAAGCUUACCACCCGAAAGACCACAUCAAUGGCCUUCUUGGGGGAAUUGAUUCUUUGCAUGUCCAAGGUAGAAGACCAUCCCUCUUUGACUGUCAGGUAAAGUUGUUCCAUGAAUGGUUUGGCACUUGGACAGAAAAUGAUCGAAAUCGCCUUCUUGAGCACUUGAGAGAGAUUGACCCUGACUUUAUGACACAGUUUGACAAGAAGGUUGAUGGUGAAGCGUGCCAGGAAGACAUAGUUGCUCAGCCAGAGUGUGCUGAAGAAAGUCAGAAUCCACCCAGUUCUGCCAGCUCUCCUCCGAGUACACUGCCUCGAUCACACAGUCCUCAUGACUCGGGGUUAGACGAGCCACCAAGUGAUAGUGACCACACUGAGCCACACAGCAUAGACUCUUGUCAUGAUAGUGAAAAUGUGUUAUCAUCCAGUUCCCAGGCAACAAAUGAUGCUCUGCCAUCUUCUGCAGCUAAGUCUGGUUUAAAUUGUGGUCAACAGAGUGCUGUCAGUCAAGAUGAAACCUUCAAGGUAGAAAGUUUGGUUAAUGGUUCCAGCGAGCCUGUGAGGCAGCUUUCACCACUGGAAGAGCUAGCAACUACAGCAGAAAAUGCAUUGGCAGAGAAGUAACUUGUUAAUAUUUUUAUAUCGUAUUUAAAAUUUAUAGGAAUUUGUUUAUUUUUUUAGCAAUUGACUUAAACUGGGUUAUUUUCAAACCAGAUUUAGAGAGCACUAACUUUUGUCAUGCAGAUUCAGUAUUAGACUGUUAUUUACCUACUGAUGAUGUAUCUGCAAUGUUUUAUGGUUAAGAGAGACUCACAAUGGUAUGAACGAUAGACCGAUGGUCUCGCUUCAUGCAGUUCAGCAUUCACUCCCCGACCAUCCAAGUGGUUGGGCGCCAUUCCUAACCCCUGUCCUAUCCCAAAUCCUUAUCCAGAUCCCUUCCAAGUGCUAUAUAGUCUACUGGCUUGGCACUUUCUCCUGAUAAUUGCCUUACCUUCUCACAAUGAGUGUUCAUAAUCAUUAUGAGUACUGAUGAUAUACACAUCUGUAAUGUUAGUGUCUCUGAGAGUAUUGUUCAGAAUGCAGCUAUGUAAGGCACUUGGACAGAUAUGAAUGAAAUUCUUAUUCAUAGUAUAGUACUGUAUAUUGAUUUAUAUUGAAUUUAAUAUUCAAAAAUUAUUUAAAUUCUUUGAAAACUUUGUUGUUGAAACAAGAUUUGUUUCUAAUUUUCUCUUCUGCAGCUUAACUAUUUUCCAUAUAGUAGGUUAAUGAAUAACAGGUGCCUGUAUUGCACUACUGUACUGUAUAUUAAAAAGAACCAGUUGUACUAGAAUUUUCACUUUUUUAAUAAAUAGUAUUAAAAUAUGUCCAACUACUUAUAAGUAAGUAAUAAUAUUGCUAUAUUCCAUGGAUCAAGUGCUAUUCCAUGGAUCGAGUGGUAUUCCAUGGUUCAAAUAGAUUCCCAUUGAUCAAAUGGUAUCGUAUUGGUUAAGUGGUUUCCAUGAUUAUAAGGCCAUAACUGGUGCGAGGUAUUUAUAACUGAGCAUGACUCAAAGCUGGUCUCAAUUUUUGUUAUUAUUAUUAAUUUAGAUACAUUACAAUUUAUAAUACAUUUCAAGAUUUGAGCAUUAAAUGUAUAUUUUGAUAAAAAUGCGUAGCUGAUAAUGCAAAUAUGAAAUUUUUCUUUAUAUAAGUCACUAUAUGCUGUACAUGCAAUAAAUGGGAUAAUGGGC